AGGAGCCUUUUUCCCAGCCUCAGACACUGCUGAGGCUCUUUACACAGGGGAAAUUCCCCCGUGAGGUGACAGCACCUGGAAUUGUCACCCCCUUACAAAUAACCACCUGUGCUGAAAUGGGCUGUGCAGGUGUCACAGGGGACCCUGGUUUCCCCUCGCUCACUCCAGGUGUUCUCCAGGUAGGACAUCCAGGGCAGAGUCCCGACACUCCCAGGCACAAAGGGACAGCGAGGGUGUGGUGGCACGUGGGGGCUGUGAAAAGGGGAGGAAAUGUACAACACCUGGCGGGGUUGGAAAGCUUCCCCGGCGGGCGGCGGGACCCGGCGGACGCGGACGCGGUGGCCACGGCGCUGCGGGAGACGCGGGAGGAGCUGGGGGUGGCGGUGGCAGCAGCCAGCGUGUGGGGACAGCUGCGGACCCUGCCCGACCGGCAAGGAAUGACCAUAGCACCCGUCGUGGCCAACCUGGGGCCACUGGAGGCCUUGACACUGACCCCCAACCCCGAUGAGGUGGAGGAGGUGUUCACCCUGCCCCUGGCUCACCUGCUGCGGGAGGAGAACCAGGGCUACACCCACUUCCGCACAGCCACCGGCUACGGGUACACCCUGCCCGUGUUCCUGAACGGCCCCCACAGGGUGUGGGGGCUCACGGCCAUCAUCACCGAGCUCACCCUGGAGCUGCUGCUGCCCGGCCACUACCACAGGAAGACCCACGUGCCACCCCGGAAACCCGAGGCCUGAGGGAGGAGGGGACAGGGAGCGGCUCUGGGGCACCGAAGCCACUGGUGAUGUUGCACACUGUGAUUCAGUAAAAGCCAUGUUUGGAACUGC